UUAAAAAUUGUAAUUUUAACUUUUUGCGCGUGCGCAAAACCGAAACUUCCUUUUCCUGUUGUUCUCUGUAAAAGAAACGAAAAUGGUCCAGCGUUUAACCUAUAGACGACGAUUGUCGUACAACACAAACAGCAACAGGAGACGAGUUGUUCGCACUCCUGGUGGAAAAUUGGUUUAUCAAUAUUUGAAGAAACCAAAGAAGAUCCCAAGAUGUGGACAGUGCAAAGAUAAAUUGAGAGGAAUUCAACCGGCACGUCCAAUGGAACGUUCUCGAAUGUGCAAAAGAAAGAAGACCGUAAAACGUGUUUACGGUGGUGUUCUUUGUCACAAAUGUGUCAAAGAAAGGAUCGUUCGAGCCUUCUUGAUUGAGGAACAAAAAAUUGUCAUCAAGGUUAUCAGGGCGCAACAAGCUUCAACAAAAACGAAGAAAGCUGAAAAAUAAUUUAAAAAAAAAAAAAAAAAAAACAUCUCUUUACUUUAUCUUUAAAUAAAAAGUAGAAAAAACGAA